GGCCCGUCUGCGCGGCUUAUCGCGAGCCAUGGUUGGCCGGCACGAAUUAUCUCUUUCUCGCCCACCACCAUCGCACAGACCCCGCACAGGCCUGCCUAGCUUCCCAAAAGUUCCCUGAUCAACGCGUCUUCUUUUUCCGCAAUGUCCGACACGGUGCAGUUCAUAAACAACCUCUCAGGCGCGUCCGGCGCGCCCCACUCGCACUCGCACGGGGACGGCCCGAGCCAUUCGCAUGGCGCGGACGAGCAUGGGCACACGCAUGAACAUCUGGAUCAUCCUGGCAAGUAUGCGGAGCGCGAUAUGCCCAACUAUACGGCGCGUAACUUCGAGGAGCGCGGGUUCACCGUUGGGAUCGGCGGACCCGUCGGCUCGGGGAAGACCGCGCUCACGCUAGCGCUGUGCCAGAAGUUGCGGAAGGAGUUCAACAUCGCGACCGUGACGAACGACAUCUUCACGAAGGAGGACCAGGAGUUCUUGAUCAAGAACAAGGCGUUGCCCUCAGAGCGCAUCCUCGCGAUUGAGACGGGAGGUUGCCCGCACGCCGCGAUCCGUGAGGACAUCAGCGCGAACAUGGGCGCGCUGGAGACCCUGCAGGCAAAGUACGGCUGUCAGCUGCUGUUCGUCGAGAGCGGUGGAGACAACCUCGCCGCGAACUACUCACGUGAGCUUGCGGACUACAUCAUCUAUGUCAUCGAUGUUUCGGGUGGAGACAAGAUCCCUAGGAAAGGAGGUCCCGGAAUCUCGCAGUCGGACCUGCUCGUGAUUAACAAGAUUGACCUGGCGCCGUAUGUCGGCGCGUCCCUGGAGGUCAUGGAGAGAGAUUCGAAACUGAUGCGUGGCGAUGGACCCACCGUGUUCUCGAGCGUAAGGCAAGGGAAGGGGGUGGACGACAUCGCGGACCUGAUCCUCGCUGCUUGGCGGACUGCGGGUAGCCCUGGGCAGCCAGGGCCCGUGUCGGAUGAGUGAGGGAGGAGUAUACGGCAUGCAAGCGAAGCUCAAAGAAAUGUAUUCUGUAUAAUACCUAGCAAUAUCUAAA